AUGACAGAAAAUAAGGGUUCCGCACGCGAUUAUGUAGAAUCCUACGUCAAGGAGAGUCAACCAGAUGUCGAUGGAUACCUUUCUGAACAGCAGCCGCAAUACGACCCCACCAAAGCACCUACACAAGCAUCCUCCUCUUCCUCCAAACCAAACACUUCUCCAGCUCCCACUCCUUCUCAGCAAUUCAAACUUCAUCUCCCCACAGUCAAUCCGAUCCAGACUAAUGAGACUCCUAAAGACGAACAGAAAUUAAAGGAUCAAAAUAACCCUAAAAUAGAAUGGGCAGUCCGUGAUUUUAUGGAUCAGAAGAGAGAGAUUCACGAAACAGCCUUGGAGAACUGUGCUGAUCUUCAUGAAGAGCUUUUUACCUGUUUUAAGGACGGUAGUUGGUGGGAUAAGGCAAAAAUGUGUGAAGAUCAGAAACAACGCUUUUGGACUUGUUAUCACCAGCAGAAGAAAUUUCUCAAGGCUGUAAAUUACAAAGGAGCCGGUACAACUCCCGAGGAGAAUGACAUUAACCUCUACAAAGCAAUGCGGUUACGCCCCGAGGAUGCUGAAAAGUCAGAAUAGAUUACUACAAACUUUUCUUUCCUUCUUUUUGGAGUGAUGUCUACAUUUGUAUAUUAGUUUUAUUGUAAAAUACCGAUCUCUC